AUGAGUAGCGUUCCCUUUGAUCGGAGAGCGGCGCAGGAUGCAUUCCUGGACUCCCUCGCAAAGUCCUUCAACAAUCCAAACUCCUCGCCCGACCUCCGCAUCAAAUGCGACGGACAGGAAUGGCUCUGCCACAAGCACGUACUCACGCGCCAGUCAGAAUGGUUCCAAAAAGCCUGCAAUGGCGGAUUCAAGGAAUCCAAAGCGGACACCAUCGAGCUCCACGAUGAUGACAAGGAUGCCGUCAGCGCUUUACUAGAGUUCUGCUACGCCUUCACCUACACUGGCGACCACCUCCCAGCCUUCCAUGUCCGUGUCUUCGCUCUGGCCGAAAAAUACUUCGUGCCGGGUCUCACUCAGCUCGCCGCCGACAAUUUUUCCACGACAGGCGCGCACGACGCUACAACUCUCCGGAACAUCACAGAUGCCAUCUCUGUGGCCCGUACCGCCGUGUACGACCAGGGAAAUGUACUCCGCACUGCCAUCACGAAGCUGGUCAUGCUGCGCGGAGACUCUCUCCUCACCGGCAAGUGUCCGGCGUUCGAUGCAUUGCUGGAUGACCACCCUUCCCUCGCUGCGGACAUUGCACGCGCAAUGGCUAAGAAGUGGAUUACCGACGAAUGGGAACGCGAGUCUGUACUUUACUGGUGUCCCUGCGGUUGCGGUGCUGUGUUCAGAAAGCGAAUCCUUGGAGGCGAAAGCUACACUUAUUUCUGUGUCCAGGCAGGUGAAGAUUAUGAACUUAAAGGUUGGGAGUGGGACGUGUAUCGCUGCGRCGAGUACUGA